AUGGCCAUUCAUCACCCGUUGACUUUGGCUUUUGGCCUCUUAGGCAACAUCAUCUCCUUUAUGGUUUUCCUUGCUCCAAUGCCAACAUUUUAUACAAUCUUCAAGAAGAAAACAACUGAAGGGUUUCAAGCACUGCCAUACGUGGUGGCACUCUUCAGCUGCAUGCUGUGGAUUUACUAUGCGCUGCUUAAAGAAGACGCCACAUUUCUCAUCACAAUCAACUCGGUUGGUUGCGUCAUUGAGACUGCUUACCUUGCCAUUUUCCUUUUCUAUGCCCCCAAAAUGGCUAGGAUCUCAACCGUGAAACUUCUGCUGUUGCUCAACGUAUUCGGAUAUGGCUUGAUGCUUCUCCUGACUCUCUUUCUUGCGAAAGGUGAAAAACGUCUCAAGGUUGUGGGGUGGAUCUGUCUUGUCUUCAAUCUAACCGUGUUCGCAGCACCCCUUUGCAUCUUGAAAAAAGUGAUACGGACCAAGAGUGUUGAGUUCAUGCCAUUUCCUCUUUCAUUUUUCCUGACACUGGGUGCAGUCAUGUGGUUCUUCUAUGGUUUUCUGCUCAAGGACUACAACAUAGCUUUUCCAAACAUACUGGGGUUCAUCUUCGGGAUUGCGCAAAUGGUGCUGUACUUAGUGUACAAGAAUGCUAAUAAGAAAGUACUUCUGGAGGAGCCAAGUAAGGUUCAAGAGCUAUCAGACCAUAUUAUUGAGGUGAUGAAGAUCAGCACCAUGGUGUGUCCCGACCUGAGUCCAGUGAUUCUUCAGCCUAAUGGCAUUGAUAUCAUUGAAGUAGUACUUGACCCAAAUAAUAUUGUCAAGGAAAUCAAGACUGAAGAAACCAAGGAAGACACGGAUGAUGCCUCCACUAAAGUUUAG